UAUAUACACAUAUAUAGCCAACUGGUGCUGGAAGCUUGGCAUAUACUUAGUAUAGAAAAUGGCUCCUAAUAAAUUCAAUUGGCGAUUGCUCUUUCCUGCAUGUUUCAAGACUCAUAACCCAUUUCCAGAGCCAAAGAUUCAAGUUUCUAAUCAAAUUACUUCCCAGAGAUUAUCCCUGUCAGAUUUGAGCAACCCUGGUUCACCAUUAUCUGUCGCUAUUAGUGAUUUGUCAAAUUCAAUCUUUAAUCUGCAUGUUUUCACACUCAAGGAGUUACAAAUGGUAACCCACCAAUUCUCCAAAAGUAACUAUCUUGGUGAAGGUGGAUUUGGAACUGUGUACAAAGGGUUCAUCACUGACAAGCUUAGGCCUGGCUUGAUGCUUCAGCCUGUGGCUGUCAAGGUCUUGGAUUUGGAUGGCUCUCAAGGACAUAGAGAGUGGCUGGCUGAAGUAAUCUUCCUUGGGCAAUUAAAGCAUCCCCACCUUGUGAACUUGAUUGGCUACUGCUGCGAGGAUGAGCACAGGCUUCUGGUCUAUGAAUAUAUGGAGCGAGGCAACCUAGAGACCCAGCUAUUUAAAAGGUAUACUGCAGCCUUGCCUUGGUUAACUAGACUAAAAAUUGCAGCUGGAGCAGCAAAAGGACUAGCUUUCCUCCAUGGAGAAGAGAAACCAGUCAUAUAUAGAGAUUUUAAGGCAUCAAAUGUCCUAUUGGACUCGGACUAUAAUGCAAAGAUUUCAGAUUUUGGGCUAGCAACAGAUGGUCCACAAGGAGAUGACACACACAUAACCACUCGUGUUAUGGGCACUGAAGGAUACGCAGCUCCUGAAUACAUAAUGACUGGUCAUUUGACAACUAUGAGUGAUGUAUUUAGUUUUGGAGUGGUGCUUUUAGAGCUGUUAACUGGUAGGCGAUCUGUGGACAAGAACCGUCCAUGUAGAAAGCAGAACUUGGUAAAAUGGGCAAGACCCUUAUUGAAGGAUCACCAUAAGCUUGACCAGAUAAUGGACCCAAGGCUUGAAGGGCAAUAUUCAACAGAGGGUGCUAGGAAAGCAGCAGCAUUGGCUUAUCAAUGCCUAAGUCACCACUGCAAGUCUAGACCCACUAUGAGCACUGUGGUCAAGACCUUGGAGUCUCUGCUAGAGCUAAAUGACAUACCAAUUGGACCUUUUGUAUUUGUUGUUCCAUCUGAAGGCAAGAAGACAGAAAUUAGUGAACAAGACAAGGAAAAAGAAAGUGAAAAUGAAUGCCAUGAACCAAAAGAUGAACACAAAUGUGAAGAAAAAGAUGCAGAGAUGAAAGAUAAGAAUCAUAACAGGCACCAAAAAGGUUACAGGCAUAAAAGGCGAAUUAAAUCAUUCAGGUCUAGAGCUGUGUAUUCUGAUACUGCACUGUAUAAGACUUUAGGCACUGGUUUAUAUUCUCCUAAGCAAUAGAGGAUAUUGGCAAGGGGAAUAGAUGACUGGGAUUUGCUUAUAGAGCAUACUGUAAAUUGAAUUAGCUUCUUUUUUUCUUUCUUCUUUUCUUUUUUUUUUUUUAUUUAUUGGGAAAAUUUGCCACCUUUUGCAAUUCAUCUACAAAUGGUGUGAUGAUUGUUAAGUGUGGCUGAAGUUACAAUAAUAAAUCUUUUUUCCACUCAAAACACAAAAUAUAGAUCAGCUAGAAUUGUGGACUUGAGAUUCUGGUAAUUAGUGUGCUUUCUAUGGUUUACA